GGAAGCGGAAGCGGCGUGGGGGCCGCCUGGAUGUCUGGCUCUCCGGCUCCGGAAGGCGCCCUCCUUCGCUGUUCUCUGUGCUUGUUGGUUUCCCGUCACCAUGGCGCUGGCAGUCUUGCGGGUCCUGGAUCCCUUCCCGACGGAGACACCCCCGUUGGCGGUGCUGCUGCCAACCGGGGGCCCGUGGCCUGCGGCGGGGCUGGGCCUGGUGCUGGCUCUGCGGCCUGCUGGGGAGAGCCCGGCAGGGCCGGCGCUGCUAGUGGCCGCCCUGGAGGGACCGGGCGCAGGCACCGAAGAGCAGGGGCCGGGGCCUCCGCAGCUGCUGGUGAGCCGCGCGCUGCUGCGGCUCCUGGCCCUGGGCUCCGGGGCAUGGGUGCGGGCGCGGCCGGUGCGGCGGCCCCCGGCGCUAGGCUGGGCGCUGCUCGGCACCUCGUCUGGGCCCGGGCUCGGACCGAGAGUCGGGCCGUUGCUGGUGAGGCGCGGAGAGACCCUGCCAGUACCCGGACCGCGGGUGCUGGAGACACGGCCGGCGUUACAAGGGUUACUGGGCCCAGGGACGCGACUAGCUGUGACUGAGCUCCGUGGGCAGGCCAAACUGGGUCCGGAGACUGAGGACAGCAGCCGGCCCCCACCCCCGCCGGUGGUGUCCUCCUUCGCGGCCUCUGGCACAGUCCGGCGACUCCGGGGAGUUCUGGGAGGGACUGGAGAUGCACUGGGGGUGAGCCGGAGCUGUCUCCGUAGCCUCAGCCUCUUCCAGGGCGAAUGGGUGUGGGUGACCCGGGCUGGAGAGUCAUCGAACACUUCCCAGCCACACUUGGCCACGGUGCAGGUCCUAGAGCCUCGCUGGGACCUCUGUGAAAGGCUGGGACCCAGCUCUGGGCAGCUGGGAGAGCCCCUCGCUGACGGACUGGCCCUCGUGCCUGCUACUCUGGCUUUUAACCUCGGCUGUGAUCCCCUGGAGGUGGGAGAGCUUAAAAUUCAGAGAUACUUGGAGGGCUCCAGCACCCCUGAAGACAAAGGAAGCUGCUCAGUGCUGCCUGGGCCUCCGUUUGCCAAAGAGUUACACAUCGAAAUUGUGUCCUCUCCUCACUACAGCACUAAUGGAACUUAUGACCAUGUUCUUUACCGGCACUUUCAGACACCCAGGGCAGUCCAGGAAGGGGAUGUUCUGUGUGUGCCAACAGUCGGGCAAGUAGAGAUCCUGGAAGGAAGCCCAGAGAAACUGCCCAGGUGGCGGGAGAUGUUUUUUAAAGUGAAGAAAACAGUUGGGGAAGCUCCGGAUGGGCCAACCAGGGCCUAUGUAGCCGACACCACCCACACCUCCUUGUACUUGGUGGGUUCUACCCUGAGCCUUGUUCCAAGGCUCCCUUCAGGUGAAUCCACUCCCUGGAGCAGCUUGUCUCCUCCAGGCCUGGAGGGCUUGGUGACCGAGCUCUGUGCUGCCCUGAAGCCUCGCCUCCAGCCAGGGGGUGCCCUGCUGACAGGAACAGGCAGUGUCCUUCUACGGGGCCCGCCGGGCAGUGGGAAGACCACUGCAGUUGCUGCCGCCUGCAGCUGCCUCGGGCUCCACUUACUGAAGGUGCCCUGCUCCAGCCUCUGUGCAGACAGCAGUGGGGCUGUGGAGACAAAACUGCAGGCCACUUUCUCCCGGGCCGGGCGCUGCCGGCCUGUGGUUCUGUUGCUGACAGCCGUGGACCUGCUGGGCCGGGACCGUGAUGGGCUAGGCGAGGACGCCCGUGUGGUGGCCACACUGCGUCGCCUCCUUCUGGAUGAAGACCCCCUCACCAGCUGCCCUCCCCUGAUGGUCGUGGCCACCACAAGCCGGGCCCGGGACCUUCCUGUGGAUGUGCAGACAGCGUUUCCUCACGAGCUGGAGGUGCCUGUGCUGUCAGAGGGGCAGCGGCUCAGCAUCCUGCGGGCCCUCACUGCCCACCUCCCGCUGGGCCAAGAGGUGAACCUGGCGCAGCUGGCACGGCGGUGUGCAGGCUUUGUGGUAGGGGAUCUCUAUGCCCUUUUGACCCACAGCAGCCGGGCAGCCUGCACCAGGAUCAAGAACUCGGGCUGGGCCGGUGGCUUGAGUGAGGAGGAUGAGGGGGAGCUGUGUGCUGCUGGCUUUCCUCUCCUGGCUGAGGACUUCGGGCAGGCGCUGGAGCAGCUGCAGUCAGCUCACUCCCAGGCCGUCGGAGCCCCCAAGAUCCCCCUGGUGUCCUGGCACGAUGUGGGUGGGCUGCAGGAGGUGAAGAAGGAGAUUCUGGAGACUAUUCAGCUCCCUCUAGAGCACCCUGAGCUGCUGAGCCUGGGCCUGAGGCGCUCUGGCCUUCUGCUCCACGGGCCCCCUGGCACGGGCAAGACCCUCCUGGCCAAGGCAGUAGCCACUGAGUGCAGCCUUACCUUCCUCAGCGUGAAGGGGCCCGAGCUGAUCAACAUGUACGUGGGCCAAAGCGAGGAGAAUGUACGGCAAGUGUUUGCCAGGGCCAGGGCCGCAGCUCCAUGCAUCAUCUUCUUUGAUGAACUGGACUCCUUGGCCCCAAGCCGGGGGCGAAGUGGAGACUCUGGAGGUGUGAUGGACAGGGUGGUGUCUCAGCUCCUGGCCGAGCUGGAUGGGCUUCACAGCACUCAGGAUGUGUUUGUGAUUGGAGCCACCAACAGACCAGACCUCCUGGACCCUGCCCUUCUGAGGCCCGGCAGGUUUGACAAGCUGGUGUUUGUGGGAGUGAGCGAGGACCGCGCCUCCCAGCUGCGUGUUCUGAGCGCCAUCACGCGCAAAUUCCGGCUCGAGCCCUCUGUGAGCCUGGUGGAUGUGCUGGACCACUGCCCACCCCAGCUGACGGGCGCAGACCUCUACUCUCUAUGCUCCGAUGCCAUGACAGCUGCCCUCAAACGCAGGGUUCGGGACCUGGAGGAAGGCCUGGAGCCCGGGAGCUCGGCACUGCUGCUCACCAUGGAGGACCUGCUGCAGGCUGCUGCCCGGCUCCAGCCCUCGGUCAGCGAGCACGAGCUGCUCCGGUACAAGAGCAUCCAGCGCAAGUUUGCCGCCUGCUAGGAGCCUCCUGCAGCCUGGGACCCUGCCCGCAGGGCUAAAGGCCAACUCCAAGACUAAGGCCCCACUGCUCAGGAGGAAGGAUCAGGUGCUGAGGGAGCCCCAUCUGUGGCUGAAAAUAAAGCGUAUGGCGCCCCCUGCUGGUGUUGCGGUCUAAAAGAAGGUCUCUUCCUGGGACAAGACCCUGGACUGAGGUGGAUUCAGGAAAAUGAUGCCACCCAGGGAAGCCCAAGACAGCAAGAACAGCCUUCACCACCUGUCUUUGUUCUUCUGGCUUCAGAAAAAGUAGAGGUAUGGAAUUUAGAACAAAGGAGCCUCCCCAUCCCCUCUCCCUUUUACCAUCUAUAGAAUCCGGGAGCUGGAGGAACCCCAAAGAUAUGUAAUCAUUCUUACCUUUCUAUAUUUAGCGCACAGACGACCUCAAAUGGGCCUGCCCAUGCCCUAGCAGUGGAGUCUGUGCUCACACUGACCCUACAGACAGGUCUUUGGCUACAGGCUUAGAAAGACACUGUCCUGGGGAGUUUAUAAUAUGAUUUUUUAAAAUAAUAUGAAUGCUGAUGGUAAACUUGGCUUUUUAAAAAAAUAUAUAGGUUGUGAAUAGCUUCUAAACGUGCUUUUCAUUUCAAAGAUAAGAUUUUUGUCCUAAAGUUAGUAAUUAUUUGAUUUCUUUCUCAUCCAGAGGCAUUAAAAAAAAAGUCGAGAUCACAGUACACAUGGAAUUGCAUGGACCUUUUUUCUUUCUUUUUUUUGCUUUUAACUAUCAAAAGCAUAUUGUCUUCUCUUGACCAUAAAUUACUUGGCCUUAAGCAUUUUUUGGCUACACUGAGAGGAUAUGCUGCAACUUGUUUACUCACUCCCCAAGCUCUGAACAUUUAAAAUGCUCCCACAAUUUUUCAAAAGAGUGAACAUGUGGAUGGUUAUGAUGAAAUUAUUUUCCAAAUGAAAUUUUUCUAUUAAUUGAUGCUGUCACCCAAAACAAAUGUUUGUUUCAACCUUCUCUACAUGAAGAUAUUAUUCAUUGAUAUUUCAUUGGGUAGAAAAUUGUAUUUAAUCGUUGUAAUCUUCUUUAGUUACCACCAAAAUGUACCAAGUAAUUGCAGUCCUUCAUUGCUAAAUUGUUUGUCCAUGUCUUCUACCCACUGAAAUAUAUCAAAACAGCCUUUUGUUUUACUUGGUUACUCUAUGUGAAUUUUAGAUAACCCAAACCCAAAUUUAGAUAACCCUGGGCCAUGGAAGAGAAGGUCACAGAAUAUAAAUCAAUUUACAGUUUGACUUAGCUGAAAAUAAGAAUAGGUGGUAUUUUUAAUAUGCAAUGCUUAUUAUUUGCAACUGGCUGAAAAGACUAAAUUCUUCAUCCCCAAAUGUAUAAUAUGUUUGCAAAGAGAUUUUAGGUUGGGAACAUGGCUGCAACUGGACAAACUCCAAGGCUAUACCUAUUUGAGGACACAUUAAAAUCUUAGAAUUGUGAAUUAUGUAUAUACAGUAACUACAAAUGGAAGACAUUCUGGCUGGUUUUGUUUUGAUUCAGAACAGGUAGCAAUACAUUGCUCAGAGGAGGGAUGCCAAUUUCCAAACUCUAGUCCAAGCCGCUGGAAAAAACUCUUCUCUGCUACCUGUCCAGAUUGACCAUUGGGAUGCCACCCACCCACAUGAACUCUGCUAGCAGAUUUAUUACAAUGGAUCCUUUUUUAGCCUUUUCAAUAUACGAUAUGACUCACUCUGCUUUAAUAAAGCCCCAUCAAAUGAGUAUAAAAUUGGUCCCGGGCUUCCCUGGUGGCACAGUGGUUGAGAGUCCGCCUGCCAAUGCAGGGGGCGCGGGUUCGUGCCCCGGUCUGGGAAGAUCCCACAUGCCGCGGAGCGGCUGGGCCCGUGAGCCAUGGCCACUGAGCCUGUGUGUCCAGAGCCUGUGCUCCGCAACGGGAGAGACCACAGCAGUGAGAGGCCCGCGUACCACAAAAAAAAAAAAAAAAAAAUUGGUCCCUAUAUUGGUAGGUUAUAAUACUAAUUAAUGGUGGCUACAUUACUCUUUCUUUUUUUUUUUUUUUUUUUUUACAUUUUUGGCCGCGUGGCAUGUGGGAUCUUAGUUCCUGGACCAGGGAUGGAACCCAUGCCCCCUGUGGUGGAAGCACGGAGUCUUAACCACUGGACUGCCAGGGAAUUCCCACACCUGGCUUUUUGAGUGUCUUGUUUUGUUUUGUUUUUCGGACAGAGAACCUUUUCUAUUUUAGAAAAGUAAUGAUGGUAGGAGAUGUUGCCACCCCUGGAGCUGGUGAUGGGGUUGGCCCACUUCUCCCGUCUCAAUGUGCAGCUACACCUCCUGUAGAGAAUCACACCCAGUUUAGCGGAAGUUUAAGCUCUGUUGGCCUGCAUAAACUUGAUAGAUGGAGAGUACACUUUUAAAGAAGGAAUAAAAUCGGAUUCCUCUUAAAGAAAUUGUAAAGAGAAGCCAGCUCUUAAGGGCAGCGUGAAAGGUCAAGCUGCCUUUAAGCUAUACACAAUUGUAAACUUUGAAAAGGGAGAAAAACUUGAAGGUUAAUUCACUCCUAACUGCAUGUCCAACCUUAAACUCUGAAGACAUAAAUAGACUAGUGGACAGCAGCUGGUCUGCUUUCUAGAAGAGAGAGCCAUGUCUAAGGGGAGGAUGGUGGAUGAGCCAGCCAGCUAUGGCUGCAAGAUUCUAUGGCAUGGAGGCUAUGCCCCGGGACACUGAAGCCAUUCCAUCUGGGUUCAAAUCCUGGCUGGGCCACUUCCUAAAUGUGUGACCUGGGCAAGUUAUGUAACCUUUCUGUGCUCCGUUCAUUCAACAGAUAUUUAUUAAGCAGCUACUCUUGGAAUUCCCUGGCGGUCCAGGGCUUAGGACUCUGAGCUUUCACUGCCGAGGGCCUGGGUUCAAUCCCUGGUCUGGGAACUAAGAUCCCACAAGCCCUGUGGUGCGGCCGGCGGUCGGGGGGAAAGCAGCUACUCUGUGCCAGGCACCGCUGUACUAAGCACUGGGAAUAUAGCAGUGAACAAAGUAGACAAAAAUCCCUGUUCUUUUUGUAGGGUGUGUGUGGGAUGUUUCUGGAGUGAUGGUAAUAAUGUUUCACAAUCUGCAUGCUGGUGACUUUGGUGUUCAGUUUGUAAAAAUUCAUUGAGCUUACUCUUAUGUGUACUUUUCUGUAUGUGUAUUUUACUUCGAUAACGUGUUUAAAAAUCCAUGGCCUUGUGUGGAUCACAGCUGUAUUAAAUGAGUUAAUUAAAGCAUGUAGAGCUGUGCUUGCCACAUAGUAAUAUGCACUCAAAAAACAGUGGCUACUAUUAUUAUUCCAGUGAAAUUUCUUAAUAGUGCAAACCAGGCCAUCAGUGGAUGUUCAAGAGGGAUUCAGCUGGCUCUGCUGCUAGGAUUAGUACACAGAGUCCUUCCACAAACCAGUUAGGCAUGGACCGUGCAUCUGUCACGAAAAAACGUUUUUCUUUCAAGAUCAAAGAUAUGAAGAAGAAUUUUCUUCAUACUUGUGAACUAAAGUGAUUUAGGGCUGCUGUGAACAUGUAGACAAGUUGUGAACUGCACAAGGUGUCCUUAUUGAAAGGGCUUCCAUUCAAACUGUAAACCUCAUGGGCUUGUAUAUUUAUUAUCAUUUUCUGGCAGGAAUUCUGGCAGUCAAGUGUCUUAUUCUAACAAAACUUUUAUUAAGACAACUUUCUGACAGAUGGGAGUCAAACGUGUGAAAAGCACCACUUUCUAACUUGCGAAAAGAUGUUGCGUGAAAAUACCACCCAAGAACUUGGAAAUAAAGAGAGGAGCCUGCCUCCUAGGAGCUGUUCCUUAAAACGUAUACAUAGAGGCCCCGAUGCAGCCACUUCUGAGACUACAGAACCCCAACCCCUGAGACUUGAUUGUCAUUGAACUGGAACAAACUGGCCUUGUGGUUUGUCCAUCAGCCUUUGUGGUUCUGGAUGAUGAAAGUCUCCAACAGAGAGACACAUCCUCUCUGGGGUUCUGAUAAUUCAUGUUUCUGAGGACAAGACUUCCUUCCGGUGUGGCUUCAUUGAGGUCUUGGCCCCUCUUAGCACAACACCCAAAUUUCUCCUGGUGGAGUGGGUUCCAGCUGGCCUCAUCUUAGGACCCACACAGACUCCUAGAUCCCCAACCCAGCAAGUCUGAGGGGGGCCCAUCUGUAUGUUUAACAAGCAUCCAGUGACUCUCAUGUCCAGGUGAGGGUAGGAGACCCCAUUCUAAGUGGGUUUCUAACAAGGGGACUGAAAUCAGGUUCACUCGAGCUCAGCCAGACCCCUCACCUUAUGGAGGGAAGGAGUGUGGGAAAGUGGGAGGCAGUACUCCAGUUCAGAAAGGCUUGUGUGUGUGGUGGGGAGAGGAAAAGAAAAACCUGGGAAGCCAGAUCCUGCCUUCUUUCUCUUCUAGGCUGGGCCAGAGAGAAGCUGCCUGCUGGGGUGGGUGCGUGGAGAGCUAGUGAGUGUGCAACACGCCUGGCCUUGUGGGGAAUGGGGGGCAAGUGAGGGCACUCAUCCUGCAGCAGCCACAGGUCAAAGAGCAAAGCAGUCACAGCGCUGCCCUCUCUUUGGUCUGGGCCUAGGCCUGGGAUUGGGCCCCUGGGCCAACACCCCAGUAAGGGGAUAGGUCUUUGUCUCAUCCUAUUCUAAGGACAGUGAAGCUCUGGGGACAGACCUAAGCCAAGUACUGAAGUGCUGUGGGUUAGUGACAGGAUGGGGGUGGUCAGAGACUGUCCACCAAAUCCUAGACAGACCAGGGGACUGCAAAUGUUUCCCCAGCCCUGGGUUCCAAUCCCAGACCCCCGCAGUCACCUCCUAUUCUCAGGCCAGAGUCCAGGAUGGGACCACAGUCUAGGCUGGAAUCUCUGCCCAUAGCCCCUUCAACAGGCGCCACUAUCAGCACUGGAGAUGGGGAGGGGGGCGCUAGACCAAAAAGUAUCAUCCUCCAAGGGCCUGUUUUAAGCCUAAUGGGCCAGAGGAGAAGCAGCUUCCAAUUUGCUCCACUCUCUAUGGCCUUGGUGUUCCCAGCCCUGGGGAGGGGGGAGGGGCUGAGCCCGAGUUGGGGGGACCCCAGAGCCUUUUUGCCAGAAGCUGGGAAAAUCCUUCUGGGGCACCUCAGCAGUGACCCCUCCUACCUGCUGGGCCCAGACUGGAGUGUGAGGGAGCCUGGGUGCCGGUGCUCAGGGGAUCUGGUGUGGGUGCAGUGCUGGCGGGACCUUCCACCCUUCUCUCCUUUCUAGAAGCAGGGGCUGCAUCCUAUUUUCCUUCUAAAAGAGACUUGUUGGUGGGCAUGGGUUACGGGCAAGAAACCAAACCAGUUCAAUGCGAAUCACAUGGCCAGUACCAGGUGUUGGGAGAGGGGCCCUGGGGCUGCAGGAAUACAGUGGGCUGGGGUCUCAAAGCCAGAGUCCGCGUGCAGCUGUGCCACUGCCAACAGGACUUUGGGCGCGUCCUGUGACUUGAGCCUCAGUUCCCUCUUCUACAAAAUGGGGCUAACAGCGCCCACCCGAGUGCACUGCAGGGUUAAAGCACUGACUACUCGCAGCUGUCACCACUAUUGCUUCUGACCCACCACAGAUCUCUGCCUUCAGGACAGAAAGGGAGGUGCCAGAGCCUUCCAUCCCUUCUCCCCAGAGGCCAGCCUUCCUGUUUCUCCCCUACUCCCAGAGAACAUGGUGCAAGCAGCUGUUUUGGGGGGACUGGGGUUCCUCCCUCCCCUGCGGGCUCCAGGCACAACAGCUAGGAAGCAUGGAGUGGUCAGGUGUCGUCAUCAGGGAACAAGGUUCAAGACCAACAGGCAGGGCCAGGUAGAGGUGGAGACGAGGGGCGGGAGCUGGUGGGGUCACUGGCGUACACUUUACACAACCAACGGGAAGGCCUUGGUGGCGGGGAGAGGAGAGGCAGGAGGGAGGGAAGGCAUGAGGGCAGCCAGGUGCCAGGGCACAAGUGAGGCCCCUCCCGGCCUGGGGGGCUCGGGAAGACCAAGAGCAGCUGAGGGGCAGCACCGGAGCACUGUGCCUGGCUCCACCGCAUACCCAAGGCCCACCCCUCGCCCCAGCACCCCCGGGCCCUCUCUGCACUUGCUUUCCCCAGUCAGCAGGUUCGGCC